AGCUGUGAGUUUUGGUGAUUGGCUCGAUCGUGAUUUCGCCCCUUGUCGCCUUAUGGGGCUUGUUUCUGACCCCUGGCUUCCGUCGGCGCUGAAUCCGGUCCACACAGGCGUCAAUCUUCCUGCGUCCGCUUCUUCUUUCCAGGUUGCGUUUUCUCGUCUUCGACGUGCUCAUAAUCGCCGGCGUGCUUCUGAAGCUGCGUACAAUGGACGCCAAGCAGUAUGACCCGGGCCUGGAGCUGGCUCCACAGGAUUUCCCGGAGGUGACUCGGGGCCAACAAGGGUACGGCCACCAACAACAGGACUUUCAACAACAACCAUACCAAGACCCCUAUCAGCGACAAGCCUACUAUCAGCAGCAACUCUACGAUAUACCGGCGACGACAUCACCCAAGCCGGAGCACCCAGCUCCUCCCCCAUCUACAUAUGGAAGCCAAACAGCAACCGGCUCGCCCUACGGCUCGGAAGCGCAUCCCGUGUUCGCCGCAGCGGCGGGCCCGUCUAAGUCGGCGCCACUCGGCAGGACAAUAUGCGGUGUUAGCCUGCUCGUCUUCGUCCUCUCCUGCAUCAUCGCGCUGCUCUCGGCCGCAGUGAUCGGGUUAGCAGCCGCGACGGGCAUCGAGUCGCAGCGCGCUAGUGAUGCCGCAGCCAGCCUGGCCGCCAUGAUCAGCGGUUCAGCAACCUCCACAGCGCCCGCCGCCAGCAGCACGGCCACCCCCGUCAUUGACGACGGGUGCUCCUCGAACCCCAGCAGCGUCGACAAGACGCUCUACACCUCGUUCUCUUUAUUCGGCGCCCUUAAAUUCACCCGGUACUGCAACAAGGACGCGCCAAACACGCCGCUGCUCUCGCUCUUCACGGCCGACUUCGACACCUGCAUGGACGCAUGCGCGGCGUACACCAAAUACGUUCCUGGCUCGUUCGAGAACACAGCCAACGCGACCUGCGCGGGCGUCAGUUUCAUUCCCGCCUGGACAUCCAAGACGACCGCGACUAAGGGCACGGCGCCGGGCAACUGCUAUCUCAAGGGCGGGCCGCAGAACGAGACCGGGCUGAACACGCCGAAUAUCGGGGUGGCCUGCCAUGCGGCGAUCUUGACACUCGGUUAGUGCUGGCGUCGGGCGAAGUCGGCGAGAUGGCGAAAACGAAUGACGGGUGCCUUUGGGAUAUUUCUUUUUGGGCUUUUAUCAUGAGAGCAAUACUCGACACGUUUAAGCGAAGGAUGGGAUACCUGGAUGACGCUUCGGCUUCGGUUUAACUGGGGGUUUAUAGGAUGAACGCUUUUUCUUUCUUUUCUCUGCGUUCCUCCCUUCCGGUUUUUCUUUUCUUUUCUUUUUCUUUUUUUUUCCUUUGUUCUCUGCUUUUUU